UGUCACUGCUCAGAGGGGUUGGCCGCGCCCACCGCGUCUCUUCCGCUGGAGGGUGUAAGCGUUGAGCAGGUGUUUACUUUGUUCUGAGGAGGUCGUAUUACUAAGACUUCCAAGACCAAUUUCCUUAUGGCGGGGAAGAGCUGGCACUGGGGAAUAUGCUGAGGUACCCACCCCUCUGGCCUCUGUGUUCCGGAAUCUAUCACUUAGAUGUUUGCUCAUAGAGCCCAGAGUUCCAGAAUACCCUAGUUCAGAACAGUGCAUGGUGAGGCUGGAGCAAGGAGUCAGCCUAGGAGGGCUUGUGGUGGAUGUCAAGAUGAAAGCCUGGGGCACGGUGAUGGUGAUCCUGACCCUGCUGAUGGUUGCCACUGUGGAUACCAAGAUCUAUGGACGCUGCAACCUGGCAAUGAAGCUGGAGAAGGCGGGCCUCAAUGGCUUCCUGGGCUACAGCAUUGGAGACUGGCUGUGCGUGGCACACUAUGAGAGUGGCUUUGACACCUCCUUCGUGGACCACAAUCCUGAUGGCAGCAGUGAAUAUGGCCUUUUCCAGCUGAACUCCGCCUGGUGGUGUGACAAUGGUGUUACACCCACCCUGAACCUCUGUCACAUGGAGUGUCGUGACCUUCUCAACCGCCACAUACUGGAUGACAUCAUGUGUGCCAAACAGGUGGUGUCCUCACGGAAUGGUAUGAAUGCCUGGAAUUCUUGGACCCGGCAUUGUCGUGGCCACGAUUUAUCUGAAUGGCUCAAGGGCUGUAAGAUGCAUGCUAAACCUGGCAUAGAAAGAAUAACUUCAUGACUCAAGUUCCGAGAGAGAAAUUUUAUUUUCCUUUUUGUGAAUUUAAUAAAGGAUGAUA